AUGGCUGGGAAUCGACGACGUGUUCUUCAAGCGAACAUCAACCACUGCAAAGCAGCCCAGAGCCUGCUGGUUCAAACCUUUGCGGAGUGGUUGGUGGACGUGGCGGUUGUCGCCGAGCCGUACUCUGUCCCUGGCAGUUGGCUGGGAGACGACAAUGGCUCAGUUGCAUUGGUGGCGCGAUCUUCCACGGACUCACCCCCCCUCUCACUCUUAGAGAGGGGACCGGGAUACGUGGCUGCCGCGUGGGAUGACAUAGCCCUUAUAGGGGUGUAUUUCUCCCCAAACCGCCCUCUCACGGAAUUCGAGAACUUUCUCGAAGUCCUCGCCAGGGUGGCAAGCGGAGUGGUGCAGCACCGGGUAUUGGUCUUGGGCGACUUUAACGCCAAGUCGGUAAUAUGGGGUAACCCGACCACCAAUGCCCGAGGACGAGAGGUGGAAACCUGGUGCGUGUCAUCCGGUCUGUCCCUCCUGAAUAGGGGAACAGUUCACACCUGCGUGCGGCGGCAGGGGGGCUCCAUCGUGGACCUCGCCUUUGCAUCCCCUUCUUUGGCGGCCUGUGUACUGGACUGGCGGGUGGAGCUGGUGGAGACGCUGUCCGACCACCGAUACGUGCGGUUUGAUGUUUCCACCCCGGGCUCCCAAGGGACCCAGGAAGGUCGGUCGCACUUCCCACGGUGGGCGCUCUCCCGCCUAGACCGGGAGGCCGCCUCGGAGGCAGCUUUCGUCCAGGACUGGCUGUCGCCUCCUGUAGAAGUCCGGGAUGUGGACGCCACAGCGGCCCAGUUAAGGGUCUCCCUGACCGAGAGGAGUUGGGGGUUCUUCGGGCCGCCUGUGUGGCGGCCAGGCGGGCCUACGCAAGAAGCCGGCGGCGGCGCCUUCGCGACUUCGACAACGAGGACCGCCUCUAUGCAGCCUACAUAG